GAGCGCAAUUCCAUCAUUAAAAGCUCUGUAGUCCGACUGUCCGUGAAUGCAACAAAACCCGGGGAAAAUCAAACAACGCGUCACGCGCCUCCCAGCACACGAUGAUUGAUUCACUUCAAAGCGAGGAUCUGAGAAGCAGCAGUGACUCAGAUGAGGAGCUGCCUGUGUUUGAUUUCCUCCAGCCUCGUCCAAGCACCGACGUAGCCUCGCAGAAAGCCCCAAAGAAACCAGCCAGUUCGGUUCUCUGUAGCGUUGGAUCGGCUGAUGUCAUGAUGAUAAGCAGCGAUUCUGAGGACGACGUCCCCCUGGCGCAGAGGGUAAAACUGAGACAGGACAGCGCUGUCCUCACUGAAGGAAACCGAAAAGGCUCUUCAGAGUCAGAGCAUCUCCUCACCACAUUGGACAAGGAGAGAAGGUCGACCCCAGAGGAAGCGGAUGACCUCCCCCACAGGCAUCUCUCCGCAUCCGAGACCGGAGACGCGACCAAAGCCACAAAAAGGUCGGCGGAGGAGAUCCGGGCCUCCAGGGAGGAGGCUCUGAGGAGACGGCAGGACAGGGAGGCGCUCAAGCAGGAACAAGAGAGGCAGAAAGCAGAGAGAAGAGCUCUGGCUGAGGCUUCCAAGUCCCUGAGGCCAGAGGAGUGCAUCAAGCAUAUGGUUGUAGCUGUUGAUCCAGCUCUGUUGCAGCUGGAAGGAGGGGGAACUCUGCUGGCGUCUGUGCAGGCUCUGGGUUGUAGCUGCGCCAUAGAGAAACAGCCGCUGCCCCGCAGCGUGACCUGGGCCAGGCAGGCUCCAAGCGCACAGCAGAACGGUGCGGCGCGUGUCCCAGAGCCCCACGUGGUGAUGCAGAUGACGGUGGAAGACUUCAUCACUCUGACCCACAACUACAUCCCAGAGGAGAGGUACAGCGGGUCAGCCUGCAGUCCCACCCUCACAUCGUGGGUCCGGGAGCGGCAGAGGCGUCACCCGGACAAACGGCUCAGCCUGGCAGUCAUCGAGCUGGAGAGCUAUUUCAGGGCCCGAAAGUCUCGGAGCCAGAAGAGGCUCAGAGCGGCUGUGGCUGGGGAAGAGGCAGGAGGAGGAAAAGAGAAGAAAAAACGGAGGAGCGGUCACGCCGAGAAGCUGCCGGAGGUGUCCAGAGUUGAAGUGGAGGAGGCCGUGGUCCACCUCCAGCUUCACACCGGCGUCUCCGUCCGCUUCUUAUCAACCUGGAAGGAGUUCUCCGACCACAUCACCAUGACGACCAAAGCGGUAGCCGAGGCCCCUUUCAAGAGAGCGCGAGAGCAGACCGGCUUCUCCUUUUACCUGGAGAGCGAGUGGGCGGGAGGCCAGCGGGUGGACAAAGCCGGGAAGGGCCUGCUGCAGGCGUGGAAGAGACAGAUCCAGCAGUUCAACAGAGUGAGCUCAGACGUGGCGGCUGCCAUCUUGGCAGCUUAUCCUUCCCCGCAGCUGCUCAAGAAGGCUUACAGCCAGUGCAGGACCGAGAACGAGAAGCUCUCUCUUCUGUCUGACCUUCUGAUCCGCAGAGGAGAAGGCGUCACCUCCACAACCCGACGGGUCGGUCCGGAGCUUUCCAAACGUCUUUUCCUCCUGAUGCAUUCACGUGACCCCGAGCAGAAUCUGGACGCCAGCCUUUAAACUCUGAACCGAAACGUUGCUAUAGCCCAAAUCAAAGGUUCGAGGUCCAACUAGUUGAUUUACUCAUGCAGAUUUUGAUGCUGUUCAAUAAAGUUUUUAUACAACUACAG